AUCCUUCUACGCUUGCUGGCUAUACACGGCUCGCCUCCGACGACGUACUCAACUUGCGUCCCGAGCGAGCUUGAUUGCUGGUGCGUGCUGCAGCAGUCAGUGUCAAGUAGUCUUCUUACACGCAGCACGCUCGGAAGAGAAUCAGCGGUCAGCGGGUAUGUCGCUGUAGCAGAUUCCCACCUUUGCUUUGCCUCUCUUUCGCUUGCUUCAACGCCCAAUCGCUUGCCCCGAGUCUACUUGUCCCACCCCCUCGAGCUUGCUUCCCUCACAUAGUGGCGUGCAGACAGCACCAGAUGCUACCUAGAACCAUGCUCCGCGGCCUCGCCUAUCAAGCCUCCCAGCGGCCGAUCGAGACGAUCGUCAGCGUCUUCAUCUUCGUCACCUUAUCAUACUUCAAGCUGCUACAUGCCAUCACGCAUUCCAACUUCUUCGACUCGUUGGGCACAGAUGUAAUCGGAUUGGAUCUCGCGUCUUCCGUAACGAGUUCAGCCAGCGGGGCCCAUAAUGCUUCAUAUGGAAAAAGCACGUGGGUCAAGGCACCAUCGGCUGCCGGUAUCGCCGACCUCUGGCAAGCGCGCACCCUGUCGCCAGAGGAGCAGGCCGCGCUCGGCACACAGCUGCUCUCGCUCAGGCCGAUCCUUCUCGUCGACACCGAUGCAUCCUCGCAAGACGGCAGCCGAUCAGUCCUUCAGGCCGUCACGCGGGCCGUGAGCAAUGCUCUGACCAGCGCGAGCGGAAUCGUCUCCAAGCCCGUCUCGGUCGACGCGUCCGUCUCUACGUUUGCCGUCGCCUUCGAGGGCGCAAACACGGCGGAAGAGAAAGAGUUGCUCUUGCAGCUCAGCGAGGAGUCCUUCCUCAGCGGCAUCAUUAACUCCAGCCUCAACGCUAAACUCCCAAGCCGAAGCUCCGAGACGCACCAGUGGCAGCUCUUGCCCAUCCUCUCCGCGCAUAGCUUUGCACAGGCCGGACGACCGAUCCCUCGUGUCGCCCAGUCGCAGCAUCCGACCGAGCAGAUGCGUUCGUUCCGAUGGAUGGCGUAUGCCAGUCGCUCGCUCGUAGAAAAAUUCUGGGCGCUGCUCAAGAAAGCAGACUCAGCAGACAUUUUCGUCAUGCUGUCCGCCUACGUCUUUAUGCAUGCAUCAUUUGUCAACCUCUUCCUCUCCAUGCGCAAAUUUGGCUCCAAUUUUUGGCUAGGUACCUCGGUCCUCAUCUCGAGCACAUUCGCUUUCCUGCUUGCCCUUACCACCGCCUACUACUGCGGCGUGACUGUCGACCCGAUCUGCUUGUCUGAGGCUCUCCCGUUCUUUGUCGUGAUUGUCGGGUUCGAGAAGCCCUACAAUCUCACACGUGCAGUCUUUACCCACCCCUCUUUUGCACCUUCCCACCCGAGUCCGAGCAAGGCGAAGCGCAACUUCCUUCUCGACGCUCUCAACGAGACGGAGCCAGCUUCGCAGGAUGGCGCCGCGGAUGUACCGCACACCGGAAGCAUCUCGCGCGAGGAGUCUUUCGUGCGCGCUCUUACCGCCCGCCUCAGGGAGGAAUCCGCCGCGCUCAGCUGGGACCUGCCGCAGCCACUUCCAGCUCGUGACAUUAUCCUCUCCGCCAUCGACACCGAGGGCACGCGAAUCGCGAAAGAUUACAUGAUCGAGAUCGCCGUCUUGGCUGUCGGUGCGACCAGCGGCCUCAGUGGCCUUCGCGAGUUCUGUCAGCUGGGUGCGCUCAUCCUUGCGUUCGACUGCGUUUUCCUCUUCUCCUUCUACGCCGGCAUCCUCACCGUCAUGGUCGAGGUACAUCGCAUCAAGAUCCUCCGCGGCACUCGCAAUGUCCAGCAGCUUGCCACCCCGCCUAACAAUGACACCGAUCAGGAUGCGCUCGAUGCAACGCGGUCCAGCGGCACGCCGACGCCGACUUCCCAGUCGUCGAACAGGGGGCUGAGCCCGAGCAGGGCGAACCGUCCGCUCUGGCACAAGGCCUUCAAGCUUGUCUUUGGCUACAUUCCCUUUGAGAGGCGAAAGGGCACCGAGAAUCCAGUUGCUAGGCUCAAGAUCAUGCUCUUGACCUCCUUCCUCAUCCUCCACUCGCUCAACCUGGUCUCGACGCUGACGACGCAGUCAGCUUUCUCCCGACACCAGUCAACGCAGGUGCUCACGCCGCACGAGGCAUUCCUCCAAUUGACCGGCCUCACCAGUUGGACGCCGAAUGCGCCAGCUUUGUCACCGCUACUCGCAGACCUGGCACGCCAGCACAAGGAUAAUCUCGUCGUGCAGGUCUCUGAGCCUGUCAUCCUCGCGCUUGUCGACCCGCAGUCGCCGAACGCGCAGGCCAACACGCUCAGCGCCCUUGCUUUGAAUAUGUCUGCAUUGAACAAGACGCUGAAGGCGCGCUCCAUCUUUGUGACUCGUGAAGUCGGCCGGUCGUCCAGCUUUGACGUCCUAGACAGCCUCAUGCUUGGCUGGACGAGCAUCGUUGGCGACCCGGUCAUCAGCAAAUGGAUGUCCAUUGCGCUCGCUGUCAGCAUCUUCCUCAACACGUACCUUCUCAAGGGGAUUGCCACCGGCAAUGCUGCAGUAGCGCAGGGCAAUGCAGCAGGUGCAGCAGCUUUUGCGGCUGCGCGUAUGCUUGGAGCUCACUUGAACCCCGAGCAGACCUUGAACGAGCGUCUGGACCAUGUUCGUCGGCGUUGGAGCGACAAGGGGAGUGAUCGCACGAAAGUCGAUGCAACAGGCAUCGACAGUUAUCACAAGCGAAUGGCGCGGAUCUCGGCAGAGAAAGCUUCCUCCAAACUAGAGCUGCCUGGGCCGAUGCCGAGCGCGUCGGUUCACAGCACUGGUGUACCAGCCGCUGCGAUCAAGUCCGAUGUGGGUGAGGCGCUGCGGAAGCUCAAUGGCCAUCGUGAUUUGCCUACCACUUCCGACGGAGAAGGCGCGUUGGUUUCUCCCAGGGAGCGCGUCGUGUCUCUUAGCCUGCAGCCCACCACACAGAUGUCCGCAAACCGCAAUGUCGAUGUUCGACCCUUCGACGAGCUGCUGGAGCUGUAUGCAGGCGGGGCAGGCGUCUUUUUCCUCUCUGACGAGGAGAUUAUUGUCCUCUCGCAAAAAGGCAAGAUUGCUGGGCAUGCGCUCGAGAAGCUCCUCCAAGACCACGACCGAGCUGUCAGGAUCCGAAGGGCGCUCGUCUCCCGUGCCUCAUUCAGCCGUUCGCUGGAGACUUCCCUUCUGCCGCACAGCAACUACAACUACGCUCAGGUCAUGGGUGCAUGUUGCGAAAAUGUCGUAGGCUACAUGCCCAUCCCCGUCGGCAUUGCUGGUCCGCUCAACAUUGAUGGUCAGACGAUCCCGAUUCCGAUGGCCACGACCGAGGGCACGCUUGUCGCCUCGACGUCACGUGGCUGCAAGGCCCUCAAUGCGGGCGGCGGUGUGACGACCGUCCUCACCCAGGACGCCAUGACGCGUGGUCCUGCGCUGGAAUUUCCUUCGGUCAUUCAGGCGGCCAAAGCGAAGCGAUGGAUUGACUCACAAGAAGGUGCAAGCACCAUCAAAGCUGCCUUCGACUCGACCUCUCGCUUUGCAAGGCUGUCAUCACUGCGCUGCGUGCUUGCCGGUCGUACUCUCUUUGUCCGCUUUGCUACGGCCACUGGUGACGCCAUGGGCAUGAACAUGAUCUCGAAGGGUGUGGAAAAGGCAUUAGUAAUGAUGACUGAGGACCACUUCCCGGAUAUGAAGGUGCUGUCUUUAUCCGGCAACUAUUGUACGGACAAGAAGCCUGCUGCGAUCAACUGGAUCGAGGGGCGAGGCAAGAGUGUUGUCGCAGAGGCCGUCGUACCGGGCAGCGUUGUCAAGACUGUGCUCAAGACGACCGUCGCUGACCUCGUCAACCUCAAUAUCAAGAAGAAUCUCAUCGGCAGUGCCAUGGCUGGCUCCAUUGGAGGAUUCAACGCGCAUGCCGCGAACAUUUUGACUUCGAUCUAUCUGGCGACCGGGCAAGACCCCGCACAGAAUGUCGAGAGCUCCAAUUGCAUGACUUUGAUGGAGGCCACAAAUGGCGGAGAAGACCUUCUGAUCACUGUCUCUAUGCCCUCGAUUGAGGUCGGUACAGUCGGCGGUGGCACUGUGCUCUCGCCGCAACGCGCCAUGCUGGAGAUGAUCGGCGUCGCGGGUGCGCAUCCGAGCAAGCCGGGUGCCAACGCGCAGCGCCUGGCAUGCAUUAUCGCCGCCUCGGUCAUGGCUGGCGAGUUGAGCCUAAUGUCUGCAUUGGCUGCCGGACAUCUGAUCCAGGCACACAUGAAGCAUAACCGCAGUGUGCCAUCUACGCCAGGCAACGUCACGCCGAACCGACCAGAGACGCCGAAACACUUUGCUGCACAAAUGACUCCGCUCGUGGCUAUGUCCAUCAACGGGAGCGCCGCCCCAUCUCGAACAUCGCCGACAACCUCGGAACCGACCACAUCGCUACGGAUCGAUCACGCGCGAAGGGCCACGCACCACUGAUCGUCUGUGCCACCAAUCUCCUCGUACAUCCAGCGAUAUCCAAGAACACAUCCUGCCGAUGCUAACGUGCCUUCUCUGCUUCAUGGCGGAAGCCGCCAUCCAACUAUCCAACAUCGCCAUCAAUACCGUGCAUAGCCGACUAUACUGUCCCUUCUCGAUCAACAUUCGCCGUUAUCAUCUGUAAUGUAUGCAAACCGGCUUGGUGCGUUGGCAAUAAUCGGAGCACGAAUAGACUUUGCUGGUGCAUGUGCAGCGAUUCCUUUGUUUUGCUUG